GACCAACUUUAGUCGGCAAGUACACGUUUAAACUUUUAUAAUAUAAAUACUUUUUAUUUACAAAAUAAAAGGCUAAAAGACAAACCCCACACGGUUCUGUCGAGUCUACAACACCAUCCCUCACCUUCUUGUCUUUCUUACUUCUCUUAUCACCGAUCUGAUCGAGAAAUGAGUUGGUGGUGGGCAGGCGCCAUCGGAGCUGCCAAGAAAAAGUUCGACGAAGAUGAGCCAACGCAAACCUACGAGAGCGUCGCGCUCAUCAUCGGCGUCACGGGCAUCGUCGGAAACAGCCUAGCGGAGAUUCUUCCUCUCUCCGACACACCCGGCGGUCCGUGGAAAGUCUACGGCGUCGCUCGCCGUCCUCGUCCCACCUGGAACGCCGAUCAUCCCAUCGAUUACAUCCAGUGCGAUGUCUCCGACGAAGAAGACGCGAGAUCCAAGCUUUCGCCUUUAAAAGACGUCACGCACGUGUUCUACGUCACGUGGACCAACCGCUCCUCGGAGGUGGACAACUGUAAGGUCAACGGCUCUAUGCUCCGUAACGUCCUCCGCGCGGUUGUCCCAAACGCGCCGAAUCUCCGGCACGUUUGUCUCCAGACCGGGACGAAGCACUACCUCGGCCCUUUCGAUAGUGUUGGCAAAGAUGUUGAUCGUCACGAGGCGCCUUUCACGGAGGAGAUGCCGAGGUUGAAGAUCGAGAACUUUUACUACACUCUUGAGGACGUUCUGUCUGAAGAGAUUAAGACGAAAGAGAGUGUGACUUGGUCUGUGCAUAGACCAAACACUAUCUUUGGUUUCUCUCCGUAUAGCUUGAUGAACAUUGUGGGGACUCUCUGCGUCUACGCAGCCAUCUGCAAGCACGAAGGGUCUAAGUUAGUUUUCCCGGGGAGCAAGGAGGCGUGGGAAGGUUUCACGACGGCGUCAGACGCUGAUCUGGUCGCUGAGCAGCAGAUUUGGGCUGCGGUUGAUCCUUACGCCAAGAACGAGGCGUUUAACUGCAGCAACGCUGAUGUUUUCAAGUGGAAGCAUCUGUGGAAGAUUCUUGCUGAGCAGUUUGGGAUUGAGGAGUAUGGGUUCGAGGAAGGGAAGAACGUGGGGUUGGUGGAGAUGAUGAAAGGGAAAGAGAGUGUGUGGGAGGAGAUGGUGAAGGAGAAUCAGUUGCAGGAGAAGAAGCUUGAUGAGGUUGGUGUGUGGUGGUUUGCUGAUGUUGUGCUUGGUGUUGACGGGAUGAUUGAUAGUAUGAACAAGAGCAAAGAGUAUGGCUUUCUUGGUUUCAGGAACUCUAACAACUCUUUCAUCUCUUGGAUUGAUAAGUACAAGGCUUUCAAGAUUGUGCCUUGAUUCAUCUUCUACAUAGCAUACACUUGGAUGUUUAUUUCUCUUGUUUCUUCUUUGUUUCAUGUCUAUGUUUCUCCCAAAAUCUCAGUUCUGUGUUGUCUGUUUUUGAAUAUUCCUUUUCUAGUCUUGUAAACCCUUUGUCACUCUUUUGAAAUUCUACUAUUUUGGAACA